AUGCAGGGAAAAGCCAGAUUCGAGGUCGUCUUCUCAAGCGACGUGCGAAACAUGGACGAGUGGGCGCGGCGCACGCACAUACCGCUCACUACCGCAGACGCGCUCGGCACCACAUACGCCCGCGCUCACCGUUGGCUGCAAGCGCUUCGCUCGCAGCUCAUCCACCAGCACAAAUGGAAAGACUCCUCCGAGUCGGACCACCGCAUGCUAUUCGCCAUCGAGACAUCAUCCAUCUGGCGGUCAUCUGUCGGCUUGCCAGCAGGUCCGACUCUGAAACUACAAUUACCAGUUCACGCGAGCUCCUUUUUCUCGCCCGAGCGCAGAGUACAAUGGCAGAUGGUCUUCCAUUCCGACAUCUUCGAGUCCGUCCGCAAAAUAUGUCCACCCAUCAACGACAUACUCUGCCUCAUUCAAUGCCUACUCACCGGCGUCGUCACUGUUGUCUGCGAGGAGGACCUCCCUGAAGGCGUGCAUCGAACCACUCGCGGCCUUCCACCCGAGUCAUGGAUCAAUGCCAACGAAGCUCAGUUGGUGGACAUAUUUGGCGUGGCGCACUUCAAAGCUCUACGGAAGGCCUGCAGAGACGUGAAGGCAGCUUACAAGCUCGAAGUGCUUCCAUAUCCGAAUCGUCGUUGA